GAAGGGCAUUGUCAAGUCAGUCAACCGUCUUCCUCACAACAUACGAACUAAGACUGGUCUGGGUGAAUCAACCCGCGACUACAAAUACGAAGAAAUUGCUUCAGCUUUCGAUGCAUUGCAAAAGGACGCUUAUAAACUCCACGAUGAAGCUCGGAAAUUUCGAAAAUCUGUUUCCGAUUUAUUUCUUCAUGGAGCAAAUUUCGCCGAAAUCUUGGUUGAAAUUUAUAGUCCAGUAAAUGCAGAUGAUCGGGGCGAGGGGCCGGUUACCAGACAUCCGCAGACAAGUUCGCAAGCGAUGAAGGCUGUGCAGGAGUAUGCGACACAGUCGAAAGAGCUACAAGAGACUAUUGCUGCCGAACUGGAUGCCAUUGAUGAUUACGUCGUUCGACCUGUGGACGAUCUCAUUUCGGUAACCAAGUCCAUAGCAAAGACAAUAAAGAAGCGUGACCAUAAACGAUCGGAUUAUGAUAGAUACCGUAAAAGUUACAAAAAACUAAAGGAAAAGAAGGACAGGUCGUCUACUGAGGAAAAGAAUCUAUCAAAGUUGGAGGAUCAAGUCGACCAGGCGACCGCUUUAUUCGAUCAAUAUAAUGACGCACUCAAAGAACAACUUCCUGCAUUUUUUGAGUAUUGUGGUGAAUUCAUGGAUCCUAUAACUUAUAACUUUUAUAACAUACAAAUGAGAAUAUAUGGAAUCUUCUAUCAAAGCAUGGAGCAAAUAGUAUCUUUGGGAUAUUUCGACUUCGAAUCAGACAUAUUAGAGCGAUAUAGGGAAAAGAUAGGAGAUAUGCAGUCGCAUUUAGAAUCUCUGGAUACCUUGAAAGGGAAACGUGGCAGUAGCGCUGGACGUCUUACUACAAAUGUCGGUGGAGGAUCAAGAUCGAAUACGAGGUCAGAUUCAAAAUCGCCGGGACCAGUGUCACGAGGAUAUUCUCGGAAUGCAGACAAGGAGUUGAGAAGUUCGUACAAUAUUUCUUCGAACCCGAAACUGUUUCCCGUAGCCACCCCUCCCCGGCCACCCGUAAAACCAAAACUAGCCAAUUAUGUAACUGCACUGUACGAUUAUGAAGCACAGGCAGAUGGCGAUUUGUCAUUCAAGAAGAACGAUAGAAUAGAGGUGAUAGAACGAACAGCAGACACUAAUGGAUGGUGGACUGGGAGAUUAAAUGGAAAAACAGGUUUAUUUCCUGGAAAUUACGUAGAAUGA